CUCACGCUCUCUUUCCAGGGCGAGGUGUUCGUCUUCGAGUCUGUGUCUGCCGAGAAGGUGCAAGCGGUUCUCUUAUUGCUUGGAGGAAGGGAGCUCGGCCCGGGUAUGGGCGUGGGGCCGUCGUCUUCAGCAUCAUACAGUAAGAGGUUGAAUUCACAUCGGAUGGCAUCACUGAUGAGGUUCCGCGAAAAGCGCAAGGAAAGGAACUUCGAUAAGAAGAUCCGCUAUUCUGUUAGGAAGGAAGUUGCACAUAGGAUGCAGCGCCAUAAAGGUCAGUUCACAUCAUCAAAAGCAAAGGCCGAAGAAGCCGCAGCUGCGGCUAAUUCGGAUUGGGGUGCAGUGGAAGGUCGACCUCUUUCGGCGCCUGUCUGCCAGCAUUGUGGUAUUAGUUCUAACAAUACACCUAUGAUGCGUCGAGGACCGGAUGGACCAAGGACUUUGUGCAAUGCAUGUGGGCUCGCGUGGGCAAAUAAGGGUAUGAUGAGAGAGGUCAAAGGUCAUACACCUUUGAAAGUUGUGCCGCCAGCAACCGAUGACGCUCAGAAUGGAGUUGCUGAAGCACCCACUGCUGAGCAGCAACAUCUCGCACUAGAAGCUGCACCAGAAGCGCCAGUAGCUCCUGCUCCUGCUGCCAAUGGCCAUGAUUCAUAGCCAUCGGUGGUGAUGCUUCAGAGGAUGCUGCGUUUGUCAUGGAGUUGCAUGCUUAGAAGUUAUAAUCGGCAUAAUUUGAACUGGAGGCUUGCAAUGUGCGCAUUGUGGUGUGGAUGUACCGAUGGUCUGACUCUGUUGCCGCAUGUGUAUAUAGAUAAUAGACGCUUUUCAAGAUGGGUUUUUCUGAGUGUUCAUUAGAUUUAAAUCUUCUAGAAAUGACACUGUUAGCGACAGCAACAUCCUCUCCUGCAUGGCUGCUUGGUUGCUUUAGAAUCGUAUGAGAUAAUCUAUUAGACAAAUGCGUCAGGAUGACAUUUUUUCAUUAAUUUGUUACAUGGAUAUGUGUACCAGAUAAUUUGCGUGUACUUGGUAGCGACCCGGUUGGCUACAUGAAGAUGUUUAACUUACCAUA